ACGCGCAUGCGAGAAGGGUGGCCGCCGGCCUGGCGGGGAAGCGUGGCUGGCUGGGAGAGGCUGACCACCAGCUGUGUUGCAGGCGCUUUCCUCUACGGGGCAUGGGCUUUUAUCAUGAGGUUGAACGAGAACACCAUGCUGCUGGGGAAGAAGGUGGUCUUGGUACCCUACACCUCUGAACACGUGCCUAGAUACCAUGAGUGGAUGAAAUCGGAAGAACUGCAGCGUUUGACAGCCUCAGAGCCUCUGACCCUGGAGCAGGAGUAUUCGAUGCAGUGCAGCUGGCGGGAAGAUGCAGACAAGUGCACCUUCAUUGUGCUGGAUGCAGAGAAGUGGCAGGCCCAGGCAGGCCUCACUGAAGAGAGCUGCAUGACAGGAGAUGUGAAUCUCUUCCUCACAGAUCUAGACGACCCCACCUUGGGGGAGAUUGAGGUCAUGAUUGCAGAGCCCAGCUGCAGGGGCCAAGGCUUUGGCACUGAGGCCGCUCUCCUGAUGAUGUCCUAUGGAGUGACCAAGCUAGGUCUGACCAGGUUUGAGGCUAAAAUCGGGCAAGGAAAUGAACCGAGCAUCCGGAUGUUCCAGAAGCUUCACUUUGAGCAGGUGGCUGUGAACAGCAUUUUCCAGGAGGUGACAUUCAGACUGACAAUGAAUGAAUCAGAGCAGCAGUGGCUUCUGGAACAGACCAGCCACAUGGAAGAGAAACCCUAUAGAGAGGGUUUGGCAGAGCCCUCCCGUUUCUAAAGACCAGAGUUCUUCAGGGAAGAUGCAUGUAUGGUGCUCAGUCCUGCUUCAAGACAGGACUCACCUUUCAGGCCCUUCUGGGCUUGCUGUGGCCUUCUGUGCCUGGCAGUGACUGAGCAGACUCUCCUCCCAGCCAAACUGACUCAGAAUCACUGGAGCGAGGGUAAUGGCAGGAAUCCCUUGGUAAGAUCAGGAUGGAGGUGGGAGCUGGAAAGGCCUGGAGAACUAACAUUCUUGGGCAGGGCUUUCCCUAGGGCUGCCUGGCUGAGAGUAAAGCACCCAGCUUAGCCAGCUUCCCUGGUUUUCUCAUUUGUCCAGCACAUUGGAGAAGAGCUAGCAGAAGCCCACUUGGUAUCAGUCCUGUGUUGUGCUGGUGGUGGUGUGAGGGGUGGGACUCAGGAGUAUCUUGGUCCUCUGUUGUCAGCAGCAGGCCAGCAUGACCCCAGGGGCGCAACUCUGGAAGCACAGGUGACUUAGUGAGGGAGUGAGUGGCCCAGACGGUCCGCCUUGUGUCCUUGCUCCUGCCUUUUCCUCCUUGGAGCCAGAUAGCACUAACAGUAGAGGAACGAGAUUUGGCUAUCGCUCCUCAUGACUGGGGAGCACCCUGUCAAGGAAGUUCAGAACCUGCUGCCAGGCUGUGGGUGGAAGCAGAGGUUACUCCUCUGCUGUAGAGUCACAUGAAGCCACCCUGCCUUCUGUCACUCUGGUGCUCCCAUUACAACU